AUGAAUACCACAACCCUUAGUAGCGCCGUGGCCGAUGCGGCGGGGAAGGCCCAGAAAAGCCAAGGGCUAUCCGCCGAGUCGUUUUUGAUGUCACUGGCAGUGUAUGAAAGAUGGGAGCCCCGCGGCAUUUCGACCGAGAUGCUUGGAAGACGGGGCGUUAGAAUUUCAGCCCAGAGUGCGGACCGUUUGGAUUAG